CCCCUCGCACGCCUGGGACCUCCAGGGCGCAGGCGCGAGCGCGGGAACCGGGAAUUGGGUUUGCGCCCUUUCCGAACUUUGCCGGUGUUUCUCUGGGCGCCUCUUGCGUCUUCUUGCAGGAUGAAGGUAAUCACUUGUGAAAUCGCAUGGCACAAUAAGGAGCCAGUGUACAGCUUAGACUUCCAACAUGGAACUGAUGGGAAAAUCAAUAGACUGGCUUCUGCUGGAGUGGACACUACUGUUCGUAUAUGGAAAGUAGAAAAAGGACCAGAUGGGAAAGCAAUUGUUGAAUUUCUGUCCAAUUUAGCACGCCAUACCAAAGCUGUAAAUGUUGUACGUUUUGCUCCCAGUGGUGAGAUUUUAGCAUCUGGCGGAGAUGAUUCUGCAAUUUUGUUGUGGAAACUGAAUGACAGUAAAGAGUUAGAGCCAGUUGCAUUUCAAGAUGAUGAUGAUAACCAGCUGAAUAAAGAAAACUGGACAGUAAUUAAAACGUUAAGAGGUCACUUAGAAGAUGUAUAUGAUAUUUGCUGGACCCCCGAUGGGAACUACAUGGCAUCAGCAUCAGUUGAUAACACAGCUAUAAUGUGGGAUGUCUGCAAAGGGCAAAAGGUUUCCAUUUUUAAUGAACACAAAAGCUAUGUGCAAGGAGUAACAUGGGACCCUAUAGGACAGUAUAUUGCAACUCUUAGUUGUGAUAGGGUGCUGAGAGUAUAUAACACACAGACCAAGCGAGUGGCAUUUAAUGUUACUAAAAUGCCAUCAGGUGGAGGAUCUGAAGGAGAGAUGAAAAGUUAUCGAAUGUUUCAUGAUGACAGUAUGAAGUCAUUCUUCCGGAGACUGACUUUUACUCCUGAUGGCUCUCUGCUUCUUGUUCCUGCAGGCUGUGUGGAAUCAGGAGAAAAUGUAACAAACACUACUUACGUUUUUUCCAGAAAAAAUCUGAAAAGGCCUAUAGCUCAUCUCCCUUGUCCUGGAAAGGCAACCUUAGCUGUUCGUUGCUGCCCAGUUUACUUUGAGUUGAAAUGUACACUUAAUAAAGAAGAUGUUCCUAUGAAGACUGGUCUGAUAAAUCUGCCCUAUCGGUUGGUUUUUGCGGUUGCUUCUGAAGAUUCUGUGCUCUUCUAUGAUACACAGCAAUCCUUUCCUUUUGGUUAUGUGUCUAAUAUACAUUACCACACUUUGAGUGACAUUUCAUGGUCCAGUGACGGAUCCUUCCUCGCUAUUUCCUCUACGGAUGGAUAUUGUUCUUUUGUGACUUUCGAAGAAAAUGAACUUGGAAUACCACUGAAAGAGAAGCCAGUUAUAAGUAUCAGGACUCCCAGCACAGCAGAGAAGAAACCGAAGAGGGGACAGUCUCCCAGUGUUGUCUCCCCACCUCCCAAACCAGGGGAUAGCACUACUAACAGAACCAUGGAUUCAAGUAGUCCAAGUGUGCAAUGCAAGACGCCGGUACCCAUUAAAGACUUGCCUUCCACACCUGUUGCUGUCAGAAACAUUCCAGCAUCUUUCUCAGAAGAGAGGAAACCCACACAACCAUCAAACCAUAGUUCAAAAGCAAACCAGCCCAGAAGGAUUACACUCAAUACAUUACAAGCAUGGAGUAAAACACCAAGGAGAGUUGCCUUGACGCCUCUAAAACCAGCUACUCCAGAUCCAGGAACUUCAAGCGCAGUCUGUACGGCUUCUACAGAAUGUAUUCAACAUGAGAGACCCUCACCACCUGAGGACCCUUUGCAAACUCCACCAUCACCUAAACGUCUUAAGAUUGCUGACGCUUCAAUUUUAUAAUUAAAAAUAAGAUGUAAAACCACUGAAGUAUUGAGCUGUAAUGAAUACAUUGCCUUCAGCAAGUCCAAAGUUCUACAAACAAUAUUCCUGGGAAAAUGUUUUUUUAUACCCUAUAUGAAAUAGAUGUUGCAGCAUAGAAUUAUAUCUGCAUAAAUACUGCUUUGUGGCAGGGAUGUAACUGUAGCACUCUUUGGCAAAACAUUCUUAAGAAAAUGUUGGCUGUGUGAUAAGCCACUGAGAGUUUUGGGGGUCUGAAAAUAUCACAUGGUUGCAUAUGUGUCUUAUUUCAAUAACCAUUUAAGGGGUCAUUUUCUUCCUGGUCCCUUUUGAAGGAGUGGUUAUAUUCAUACUUCAGCUUCACAGGCUAAUUUGCAAAAUGCAAUCCCAGAGAGGUUCAUAAAUCAAAUAUAUUCCUUUUGCCUUUCCAGUAAUUCAUAUAAGCAUAAAAUACAUGUAAAUGCAAAUAUCAGAGUAUCCAAGGUUUUCACAUACAUGCAAGCAAAAAGGUGUCAGAGUUUUAGGCAAAUCUCAGUGGAUGCUUAUGGAAGCUGGACUGAAAGCAAAAUUGAAAAGUAUACUGCUUAAUUUCUCCUUAAAAGUUUGUCAUACAGUUUAUUUGUGGCACAAAUACAAAUGGUCCUGCUUCUCUUUAAAGGGGUUGCAACUUUAAAAAUAAGUUUUAUCAUCUGCAUUUACUAAUAAGUCACUGUAGGUACAAUGUAUAGAAUAAAAAGCUCAGCGUUCAUAUUUUCUGCCCAUGUUGUCUCUAGAGUUUGGUAAAAAUAUAAAUAAAUCAUGUCUCAUAUAACAGGCCAAAUUCAAACUGACGUUGGGUGAGAACUCAAUGUGAAAGAACACGUUACUAUUUAAAUAAUAUAUGCAAAUAUUGUUUGCAUAGAUUCUGUUUCUGAAGCAUUCUUGAAUCAGCUUCUCUGUGUAAGUUUAAGAAAGCAAUUGCCAUAGUGCUCUGUAUUAGAAUAGAAGGACUGGUAUGAUACUUUAGACUUGAAACAUGGAGCUAAUUCUUGCAUCUUCACAGGAAAAUAUGUAAUAGUAUUAUCUGAGAAGGUCAUUCUGAUAGACAAAACAGAAAACCAACUUGAGUGGGGAGUUAAUUACCAUAUAUACCGUCUGGCCACUGGAUGUCACUGUUUUACAGUAUACAGCUUGGGAACAGAAUUUUCUGGCUGUGUGUUUCCUGGAAAUACAAAAACGGGAAAGCUUAACAUAAGGUUACUCCAUUCAGUUUGUCAGUGUAUUUUUAAAUAUAAACUUGCCACUGGCUGCAGUUUCAACUGGAAGACUAACAGAAGGACAUCUUAGCCCUUUUCUUUUACACUGCUGCAAAAGGGCCUUCUGGUAACCUUACAAUAUUGUUGAAAUAAACCAUUUAGAAUUCCUUUCUCCCACCAUGAGUUUUAACUUUUAUUACACAAGUGCUGUGUAGACAGCUCUAUAGUCUUUGUUUUCCUAGCCAGUAAACUGAUGUUCAGCUGAAUGUUUUGAAAGUUAUGGUCGAUAUGGCUGCUAGGAAACCAAUACUAUGUCACAAGCAUUCAGAAAACAAUGAAGCAAUAAUAACUUGCAUGUAGACUUGGCCAGAAUAAUUGUAAAAAGGUAGAAAUAUUUUUUUCUUGACCCACAUCAUGUCAUGUACUGAAAAAACUUUUUUUCAGGAUGAAUUUCAUUAGUAUGUUACUGUCAUAUAUAUUACUACUUCACAUGCUUUUCCCCAUGUUAUAUGCAAAGCAUCUUUAAGAAAAAACUCUUGUGCAGACAAACUUUUCUUCAUUGUACUUGUGGCUAGAACAGGAGGAGGUGGUAGCAAUUAUAACAUCAUUCUUCUAGUAGCUUUUCCAACAAGUGUAAGUGCUCCUCAAGUCCUAGUAAGUCGAAAUAUGUAUAGGAUUGUGCUCUUAGAUAUCUAAUGAUAACAAGGCAGAGAUUAUGUAUUAUGCCUCCAAUCUAAUGGGUUGAAUUUCCCCUGUAUAGUUGCCAGGGUUUACAUUCUGCACAUCUGGAUAUUAAUACAUUUUAAUUGUUCAGAAUAAAAAAAGAUUAAACUAUAGUCCCAGAUUAACAUCGGCCAGUCUAGAACUCUUGGAUAUAUUUUGAAGUAAUAGAUACAGAAUUAAAGCAUGAACAUGCUAUGAAUGUGUGCUAGGCAUUCAAUUUUUGUUUUUUCUGAUCAUCCUGAGUAUAAAACUCCCAGCACUGGUCUGGUCAGAGGCUUAGCCCAACAUGGGUAUUACUUUAAAUCCAUAGUAGCAAUACCUAGUUUUCAUUUUUACUUUAAAGUAGACACAGGAGAUCUGACCUUGAUCUGAAAAGCAGUCCUACCCCACAUGUUCUGGUUCCAGUCUGCACCAAUUUAAAGUAAAAAUGGAGGUGGGAGAAUAUUUUUUAUUUAUUAAAUUUAUAUACUGCUUUUUUCUUACAAAAAACUUACAAAACGGCUUACAUUCUCUUCCUACUCUUUCCUCCUCCUCCUCCUCCUCCAUCUUAUCCUCACAACAAACCUAUGAGGUAGGUUGUGCUGAAAGUCUGACUGGCCCAGAAUCACCCAGUUGGCUCCAUGGCUGAGCAGGAACUGAGCAGGAAUCGCUUGAGUCCCAGUCAUGCGCUUUUAACUUCUAUACCACAGUGGAUAUGGCUGAAAGAUCUAGAUUUAAAGUAAGGUUUGUUUUAAUGUAUUGUUUAUAACCUGAGUAGUGUCAAGUUAUGCAGGGAAGGUGAAAACCUGAGGUGAUGUAAUACAAAGUAGCAGUUUGUGUUUCAUGGCCUUUAUCUAUGUGAAUAAUAUGAUAAGCACCUCCUAGGUUUGUCUGCUCCUGAUUUUAUACAAUUACAUUAAUUAGUCUUGUGACUUCUCAGUGCAUUAUUGAUGUCCUGUGGAUCAAGACUGGAUCCAGAGUUGGCCAUACUGGGGCCCCACAGAAAUCAGUGUAAAAGUUUCUUAUGUAACUACUUCCCUAAGCCCUACAGAGCAACUUCCAUGAGCAUAUUCUGAGCAGACGUUCAUACAGUUGUCUAUUUGAUUGUAAUACUGUACCCACUUACUUAGAAGUAGAUUCUGAUUAAUGGGAUUUACGUUUGAGAAGAUAUGUAUAGGAAUGCAUUCUUAAAUCUGGAUAUCAUCCAAAGGUGCUUCAUAAAGCACAGAACUGAUAGGUUCCUACUUCAAAUACAGUCGAAACAGAAAUAAAAGCCACAAUAAAAUAAUUGGAGUUGGGGAUUUUUCAGCCUGCCUAGAAUAGCAGACACAAAAAAUACAAGUAUUAUUCUUCACAAACUGGGUGGACAAAUGGUGUGUUUUGAGCGAAUCAGAUAAUUUGCUUGGUAACUGAACUGUAACUAUUAAAAUAGGAACCAACAGCAUUUAUGUAUCACAGUCCAUUUCAAGCAAGACUCCAUUCUAAAAGGCUGGUAAGUAGUGCAUUUUUGAUGGAUGCCUGGCAAGGGGGCUUUUUUUGCCCAAGUUAUUUCUCAUCCUGACAAAUUUUAUGCAGCGCUAUUUUCUCAAUGAGCACAUUUAAUAUAAAGCAUGUAACUUUGCUCCAAUAAGGGCACAUUCAUAUUUUUAACACGCUAGUCUUGUCCAAAAUUUCCUUGGCUCAGCUCUGGGGCAAGGAAUGUUUUAAAGAGGAAAUGUCAGGCUGCAAUUAUACUUGGCUAAAGUAUACUGGACAAUAUGAACAGCUGUUUGAUGCUGUUCCUCAGCAAUAAGGAAGGUUGUUAAAAUUUUGACAUUACUUUUAAUUUUCUUUCUACAGCAAGCUCAAAUAUUCUGUUAAUGACUUUUCAUACAGUUAUUUAUUUUAAGAAUAAGAUACCAGCCAAGCACAGCAAGUAGGUAAUACUCCAAAUACCUUGCCUGCUGUGCUGAAACAGAGGAGUGAUUGGCUUCACAUUUUGGGGAUCCUAUGACUAAACUAUUGGUUAAUCUGUGAUUAACCUACUAUGAAUGUCACUGUUAUAAAUAAAUGUAUAUGAUUAAAAAGAAAUUCCAGAUAAUUUAGCUAAUCUGAAGAAAUAGCCCCUUUUGUGUAACGGAUGUCAUAAUCCUUCUUUAAAAAAUCUAGUCAUUUAUCACAAGUUGCAAACAGAAGUGAGGCAAGAAGCCUCCUGUAUGUAUGUUCAUAAAUAGGUAAUCAAUGUACCUUUAAGUUGGUAUGAGGAACCUCUUUGAGCUUAAUUUCAGUUUCGGUGAUAAUGAGCACCAAUUUAGAUGGCUUUAAAAGAGGAUUGGACAAAUUCAUGGAGGAGGAGAGUAUCAGUGGCUUGCUGGCUAUGUGCUGCCUCCAUUACCAGAUGUGUGUACUGCAUACACCAUUUGCUGAGGAGCUUGGGCAGGCAGAGAUCUUACACCCGUCCUGCUUGAGGGAUCCUGUGGAUGGCUGGUUUGCCACCAUGUGAAUGAAACGCUGGACUGGGUAGAGAAUUGGUCUGAUCCAGCAUGGCUUUUCUAAUGUUCCUUUCAGAUGACAGAAUGAAGGGCACAUCAAUCCACAAAGCAUGUCUGGAAUGGAUUUUACAACACCUGUGCAUCCAUGCCCCCGGUUUAUACAGUAGAUGGAAGAUCUUACUGCUCUGGUCACAUUUGAAUGUCUCUCUCACAGAAAACGAUAUGAUAUGGAUGCUUAUUUAGAAAGACCAUUUAUAUUAAUGUAUAUAUUUGAAAUGGAAGUGAAAAUUAUUUCCCCUUUCCCGUUAUUAUAUUGUGAUAUAAAUUAUUAUUAUGUAUGGAUAUGAUAUGUUAUUUCUAUAUUCUCCCUGUUGUGUAGUUCUUCCCUAAGAAGAACCAUUGUACCAUGUUUUUACAAUGUUAAAAUAUUGGCUGUAGUAAAAGCUGCAUAGCAGUAGCAGAUAUUCAUAUAUUUCGCAGGUCCAGAGUUAUGUUAGAUGCUCUGCCUGUGUAGUGGACCACUUUAUGUUGGUUUCCAUCAAAAUAUGUCUUGGAGUCUUUUACUUGUAAGUAAAUCUGCUCUGAACAAAUGAAGUUAUCUGUAACUAGUCAGGUGUAUAAACCAAAAGAGCUUCGGGGAGUUAGCUGGAAAGUGAUGAAUUUUCUCUGCUCACAAUGACAUCUGUUUCUUACUUGGAAUUACACUGUGAGAGUAACUGAAAAAUCAGACCUUUCUUAGUUAAUUUUGCCUGUACAUGUUAACAAUAAAAGAUGUAAUUAUUUUAAACACCA